AUGUCAUUCUCCAGCUUCUAUGAUCAACCACUUCGACAAAUUCUUUCCGAAGUCAUUAAAUUAAGCCGCCGCGAAAAAGCCCGCCACGAUGCGAAUAUCUUAGCCACGUCAAGCAAAGCCCUUCCAGACAUUGCACUCGAAAUUCCACAAAUUGACUUCGACAACGCUACUCCAAAAGUAAAUGAACCUUCUCUGGUUGGCAUCGAUCGGGCCCUUCGCCAGAUCGAGAACGCACGGAAACUACUUGAAUUUAAAGAAUCUGCAACAAAUGGUACCGUUUCAGUCAUUCCUAUCAAGACCAAAAAAUAUGGCACUGUUCCAGCUGUUGCCGACGCAGGGCUUGAUCGAAUCAGGGCCGCUCACUCUAUAUCUGACAUUACAGAUUCACCAAUUGAGGCAUCUCGGAGAGUAUUUGGGAGUGAGGAAACUAUAUCAAAUGACGCUGUUCCACUUGUUCCAGUCAAAUCUAAAGCGCGCAAUUCUGUUCCGGUUGCGACUGAUGUAGGACUUCACCAAAUCAAAGACGCCCAAUUUACAUCUGAUGUUACAGAUCCACAAAAGGCCUCUCAGGUAAUAGUUGGAAGUGAGGAAGCUGUAUCAAACGAGGCGAUUUCAAUUGUUCCAGUCAUGUUCGAAGAGCAUAGUGCCGUUACAGUGGCUACUGAUGUGGGACUUGACCGAAUUAAGGCCGCUCUCUGUACUCCUGAUGUUACAGAUUCAAGCGUCAAAGUCGCCAAUUCUACUUGCGACGUCGCAGUCUCGCCUGUUAAAGUCUGCAAGUACUUCUUGAGUCGCAGAGGAUGCAGAUACAAGCAUAACUGUCAAUCUUUUCACGAUCACAAUGCCAUGGCUAAUCCUAGGGAACAAUGGGCGGCCAACGAUGCCAAAAACAAGCUUCAGCAAGUUCGCACUAAUCAACAGACUGCCUUUAUGAGAGAAGUCCUUGCACUUAAGAGCAACAAUGCAAACAUCCCUGUUGCUGUCGCUAAACCUUCAAAGCUCUCCCCAGAACGCUCAUUAAAGAAGAAGAGGCCAGCUUGCAAAAACUUUCAAUCUUCUGUUGGCUGUGUUCGGAAGAAUUUUCCAUUUCCACACGACGAACCGGAAAAGCUUAUUGACGACACCGUUCCUGGCGAACUCCUGGAAGUUUCCAACACCAUCUCAAGCAGUCAAGUUCCCAAAUAUCCUAAAGCCAUAUUACACAAACGCAAGACCAAGAAGAAAUCUCCCAAAGCCACGGUCGUCAAAACUUCUGAGCCUGAGCAGGUUUUUUCGGCUGCCAAACCUAUUGUAUGGGGAGGCAAUCCUAAUUUGGGUGAUGAGGCCUAUUGCACCAGAGCCAUUCUCCAAAUAUUUGGGAAAUUCGCUCCGACGAAAGAGGAAGCUAUUGAAUGGUGUAAAGAGAUGGGCGUAAAUCGAAACUUUCGGCAUUUCAACAACUUUGACAAUCUUACUAUGUGGGGUCGGGCCAUCAAUCUAAAUACCGAUGAGUUUCUGAUCCAUAUCGGAUAUCUACCAGAAAUACCCGUGCAAUUCACAUUCAAGAUGCAGCUCUAUAUCAAAGAACUUAGAGCCGCUUAUGAAGCAGAACAGGCGAGGCCAAAGUAUGAUACUUUCCAUCGUUUCGAUGACCUUCCUAACGAGCUGUGUAUGAAGAUCUGGGGGUUUGCAGUUAGAAGUGGGAGGACUCUUACAGUCAGUCUUAACCGGGAUACGAUCUAUACUGAAGGAGGUCCUGGUUUAUUCAAACGUCGACGUGGAACUUCACCUUCACCCUUAUGGCUUGUCAACAAGCAAGCGCAGAAGGCAUGCAUGUUGGAUAAAAGCUGUGCAUUCUACUUUGGCUGCGAUUAUUUCUCCUCGCGAUUCGAUACAUUAUUCCUCAACGAUUCCGCUGAAAAUUUCAAUCUUUAUGCCACUCAAAUUGCCCAGUGGAGAGGCAACGUUGUCCAACGAUUGUCCUUUCCUCAUUACAGACUUUGCGACAUCACCGACAUGCGUCUCUUUGCCACCAGUCUCUACAAAGCUUUCCCAAAUCUUAUUCGCCUCGAAUUCAGUCUUUCAGAUGGGGAGUACUGGUCCAAAUAUCGAGAAAAGGCUCAUAAAGUCGUCGAAGGAGCUGAUACUGAAAUUGCCAAGGUAUAUAAGAGACGUGGUGCUAAUAUCAAAUUACCACGUGUUCGUUUUGUCCUGGUACCAGAAGAACAAGCUAUGGGAAUGGGUAUCGGUGGCAUUGGUUGGUAG